AUGGCGCUUACGGAAUACUUCUCUUUGGAGUCCAUCGGGGUCGGCGCUCCGCGUAAACUUAUGCCGAAAGAGGAAGAACGAGCGAACACAAUUUUGAAAACCGGAACGCGCCUACUGGGAGAUCGCUACGAGACCUGUUUGCUGUGGAAGUAUGACGACGUGCGUCUUCCAUGCAACCGCGAGAUGGCACUCAAACGUCACAUGUGCCUGAAAAGGAAAUGCGAUAAGGACCCGGGAUUAGCUAAGGCAAUUAGCGAAAAGAUGCGUGAGUACGCAGACAAGGGGUACAUUCGACGUGUACCGGAAGAGGAGAUCGCAGAAAGAAAGGAAAGGGAUUGGUAUUUACCAAUUUUCCCAGUUUACAACCCGAAUAAGCCCGGAAAGCUGCGUAUGGUGUUUGACGCUGCUGCGCAGGUACACGGGGUGAGCCUGAAUACGUUCCUACUAGCCGGUCCGGACCAACUAGUGGGGCUGGUACAGGUGUUACAUAAGUUCCGGGAGAAUCGAAUCGCCGUAACGGGAGACAUCCGCGAAAUGUUCUUCCAGGUAAGAAUGAACCCCGCGGACCAACGAAGCCAACUGGUGUUCUGGGAUGAUGGCAGCAAGCGGAAUGGUGAACCCGUAGUGUACGCCGUUUCUGUGAUGACCUUUGGUGCAGCUUGCUCGCCUGCUGGGGCACACUUCGUUAAGAACCUGAAUGCGGAGAGGUUCGCUGACCGUUUUCCACGAGCAGCGGAAUGCAUCAAAUUCGAGCAUUAUGUGGACGAUAUGCUGGCCAGCGUCGAAACCGUGGAGGAGGCAGUUACCCUGGCGGAAGACGUACGAUACGUCCAUUCGCAGGGCGGGUUCGAGAUCCGGAACUGGCUCUCUAAUGCCAAGGAGGUCGUGCAUAAGCUCCGGUGGGGAGCUAACAACGAAAUGUGUGUGGACAUGAGUGCAGGACAAGGUACCGAGAAGGUUCUGGGUAUGUGGUGGAAUACCGAGAGUGAUGUGUUUACCUUCCGUAUAAAUCCGCGCAUCGAUGAGAAGCUGCUAACGGGUGGUAGACUCCCGACAAGACGCGAAGUGUUGAGCAUCCUGAUGAUGAUUUACGACCCUCUAGGACUUAUUGGCCAUUUCUUAAUGUUCCUUAAGAUACUCUUGCAGGACCUGUGGAGAUCCGGAAUCCAUUGGGACAAAACCGUUGAAGGCGAAGCUGCAAAGAAAUGGUUAAGGUGGACUGGGUUACUACCGGAACUAGAGAAGCUGGCGAUAAGGAGAUGCUAUCGGAACAUAACAUCAUCAGAUGUUCCAUGCGUGCAAUUGCAUGUAUUUACCGAUGCGAGUCAAAACGGGAUGGCCGCAGUUGCUUACCUACGUUUCGAGGAAAACAACACAGUGGAGUGCGCGCUGAUCGGUUCAAAAACACGUGUGGCCCCACUGAAGUUUCUGUCGAUACCGCGUCUGGAGCUUCAAGCAGCCGUGAUUGGAGCGCGUUUUGCGGACCACAUCGCGAAAACACAUCGAUUGAGGAUCAGCAAGAGGGUUUUCUGGACGGACUCUCGAAACGUCGUGAGCUGGAUAAGGUCGGACCACAGGCGUUACACUCCCUUUGUCGCCUUCCGGGUGAGCGAACUUUUGGAACUAACCAGUGUUAACGAUUGGCGAUGGCUCUCUACUAAGGUUAACGUAGCGGACGACGGAACGAAGUGGCAAGGAGACCCUGGUCUGACAUCAUCCAGCAGAUGGUUCCGUGGUCCAGAGUUCCUGUGGGAAGCAGAAGAGAAAUGGCCUAUAAACAAAGAUAACCCAGGCGAGUCAACGGAGGAAAUACGCAAGAGCGUAUUGCACCUUUCCGUAAUCCGUAAUGCGGUGGUCAACUUCUCUCGGUUUUCACGAUGGAAGAAGUUGUUGAGGACGGUGGGCUACAUUCACCGAUACGCUGGCAACCUUCGUCGACGAGCUAGGCGAGCUGAUAAGGUUGUAGGACCACUGACGCAGGAGGAACUACUGGCGGCUGAGCGGUCACUAUACAUCUGGGUGCAGUUGGAUGGGUUCGCUGGCGAUAUCAAACGGCUGAAAAGUGACGUGAAGAAGAAGCAUCCCUGGAAGAAGGUGGUAAAACGAGACAGCGUACUGUUCAAGUUAUCACCAGAAAUAGACGGAGAAGGUGUAUUAAGGAUGCAGGGACGAUUAGACAAUCGUUCAACGCUAGGUGCUUCGCUGGGGAAGCCCGUUAUCUUACCUAGACGACACCCGGUCACGGAUCUGAUUAUUAAGGAUUUCCAUGAGCGAUAUUGUCAUCAGAGCCAUGGAACGGUGGUGAGCCAACUCCGAUCGCGGUACUAUAUACCGAAGAUUUUGGUGGAGUUCAAUCGGGUUAGGCGCGGCUGCCAGAGCUGCAAGAUUAGGAACGCUGUACCUAAUCCACCCCUGAUGGGGAACAUUCCCCGGCAGAGAAUUGCGGUGAACCAGCGAGCGUUCACAUACACCGGGCUGGAUUAUUUCGGACCAAUACUCGUGGUCGUGGGACGACAUUCCGAGAAGCGCUGGGGAGCGCUAUUCACUUGCCUCACGACAAGAGCCAUUCACCUCGAAUUGGCAUACGCACUAACGACUGCUUCAUGUAUUUUAGCGAUCCGUCGAUUUAUCGCCAGAAGAGGUCCUCCUAGGGAAAUAAUCAGCGAUCGGGGCACUAAUUUCGUGGGCGCGGCGAGAGAACUCAACAUCGCCCUGAAGGAUGUGGACGAAGACGCUCUUAAAACGAGAUUCAUCGGGCCAGUGCUGAAGUGGAGAUUCAACCCGCCGGCAGCACCUCAUUUCGGCGGCACUUGGGAGCGUCUUGUGCAAUCGGUAAAGAAGAUACUGUGCAGUUUCAAUUUACCGCGUCUACCAACAGAUGAGAUAUUGAUGUCAACGUUAACGGAGGUGGAAAUGAUGAUCAACUCAAGGCCACUUACCUACGUGCCGCUCGACGAGGAAUGGGACUGUCCAAUAACGCCGAACCACCUGCUACUAGGAAGCCCUGACGGGAGCAAACAAGCCGUUUGUUUGGACGACUCACCGGCAGCGAUACGGACGUCGUGGGGUGCCCUGCAAGUGAACGCGGAUAUAUUCUGGAAGCGGUGGAUUGCAGACUACCUACCAACGCUCACCCGCAGGACGAAAUGGUUCCACCCGGUGCCACCGAUUAAAGAGGGAGACGUGGUGGUGGUCGUGGAUGGGAACCUGCCUCGGAACACUUGGCCGAUGGGACGUGUACUAGAAGUGACCCGUGCGAAGGACGGCCAGGUUAGGCGAGCGAAAGUGCGAACGGCAAGCGGGAUUUUAGAAAGACCGGCAACGAAAUUAGCGGUGCUAGAUAUUGUAGGGAGCAGUUAA